CUUGCUUGGUCGGUCGUUACACUGUUUGUCGUGGCGGCUGAGGUGGAUUGGAUUUGCAGCAAUCUCAACAGUCAACGUCAAUUCGUGUCUGCUUUUGUACUCGCACACAAUGAAGCGAGAGAUCAACAGCAACAGUUGGGCCUCUGUGGUGCUGGUCGCAGCAGUGGCAGUGGCAGUAGGAGCAGCGGGAACACUCGGCAAUGACAUGCCUUGCCAGCCAAGCGGCACGGGGUCAGGGAGGGAGUACACGUCUGACCGCCACCCGCGCGUGCUGUCCAAGAUUGGCCUGGACGCAGAAGACGCAGCAGAAGCGUUUCAUGUCAGCGACGUGCAGGCGUUGGAGAAGAACAUCCGCAGCUGCAUCCAAGAGAGCGCCGAGCACACAUCGGCGCCGUCUUCGUUCAGAGCGGACCAGCGACCCGUGCACUUCUUUGUCAUCUCUUAUGGUGGAUCCGGGAGCAAGACCUUCUGGCACUUCCUGCGCAAGUAUGGCAAGUCAUACCACAUCCACGAUCCGCAUCCAGUAGAGGAGCUGCACAUGCCUGCGCCGACGCACACAGACACAGCCAUGUCCGUGUCCAAACACAAGAUCCCAACAGCGGACCUCCAUCUCUUUCGUGUCAUCGUGCAAGUCCGCGACCCGUGCGAGGCGGCGUGCUCUCACCUGCACCUUGGGCUGAACAAGAACCAUUGCCGCAACAUGCUCAACUCAAAGUCGCACUGCCUCAACGGCCCACAGAGCUACGAAGAGUAUGUACAGCGCGGAGAGGACCACAUUGGGUUUGACAGGUUCUACCAAGCGUGGAUGGACCCGGAGAAAGCCAAGCAGCGCAACUACAACAUUGUCAUCCUCAACUUCCACAAGAUGUGGGACCACAAGGAAGAAGUGAUCCGUGCCCUGGGUCUCCCACCAUCGGCCAUCAACGACUUCCCAACAUCUUCUGCGGCGAGUGAGGAGGAGCGUGCCAAGGUCAAGGCAUCAUGUCCCCACGACGGGCUGUACAAAAUCUACAAGAACGUCACCGACGACAUCUACUUCAGGCUCCCUGCCGUCUCGUACCUUGGCCCGGGACCCUUCCCAUAACCACUGUUGUUGUCAGUGUGUGUGUGUGUGUGUGUGUGGAUGUGUGUGGGUG